AUGGGAAAACACGGUAAAAAGGGUAGCCACCAACAUCAGCAGCAGCGCAGAGGAAGAAGAGCCUUUUCGUAUAAUCAAGAAGAAGAAGAACCGGGCUAUUCAGAGCCGAGGGACGUUGAAGAAAAUGAAAACAGCAAUGAAUCCGAAGACGAAGAAGGAGGAGGAGAGAACGAUGAAUCGAAUGAUAGCUCAUCAAACGAAGAAAUCCCUUCAAAGUUCUCGCUUUAUGAACAAUCAGUCCAGUCUCCAAAAGGGGAUAUAAGCUAUCUUCUGAAGUUCUUCUUGAUGUAUGUGGGUGGAAGGGUACCUCUGCAUCUGCAGGAAGAUUUUUGUGGCACUGCUCUUUUAAGUACAGAAUGGCUUCGUACAGAUGCAAGAAGAACUGCUGUAGGUUUGGAUUUGGAUACUGAGGCGCUUAAUUGGUGCAUGGACAGCAACUUAAACAAAAUUGGUGCUGAUGUCCAUUCCAGGAUCUCCCUUUUUCAUGGAAAUGUCUUGAAGCCCCUUCAUGCCAGCUUAGUUAGUUUUGAUCCUCAAGACCUUGGGCAACACUUAACGUUAGAAGAUCAAAAGGAUGGCACAAAUGCAAUAAUUGAUAUUAUGAUCAGCUCAAGUAAUGAGGGAAGUCUUAGCAAUGUUCGACCUCAUAAGUUGAUGAAAGAUACUCGAUUACCAGAUAGAGAUAUAGUAUGUGCUUUCAACUAUAGUUGCUGCUGUCUGCAUGUACGUAAGGAGCUGGUUUUAUAUUUCAAGCAUGCAAUUAAUGUCUUGAAUAAAAAGGGUGGCAUAUUUGUCAUGGAUCUUUAUGGAGGUACAUCAUCUGAAUGUGAGCUGAGGCUGCAGAGAAGAUUUCCUAAUUUCACGUAUACCUGGGAGCAAGCUGAAUUUGAUGUGGUUCAACGUAAAACCAGGAUCAGCCUGCAUUAUGAUCUAAAAGGACAUAACAAAAAGCUCCGCCAUGCUUUUUCCUACAGCUGGAGACUUUGGUCACUGCCAGAAAUCAAGGAUUGCAUGGAGGAGGCUGGAUUUCGGUCAGUGCACUUCUGGAUUCGGAACAUGCCCAGCAGUAAAGAAGCCAGAAAAACAGAUGGAUUUGGGGUGGGGCGAGACAUAAAAUAUGAAGAGGUCACGAGUUUUCAGCAACAGGACUCAUGGAAUGCAUACAUUGUAGGUGUUGUCUAG